UUUCAGAAAAGGUUGAGUUGCAUGAUAAAGUUGUUCUUGGAAGAUGUGUUUGGUAAUGAUGUAGUGUAAUAUGAGAGUAAGGAAUUCCUUUUACUUUAAAAAGUAUUAUUGUGAGUGAGAUUUAAGCGAUCAGAAAACCCAAGCUCCUUCUCAUUUCAGCCCUAUGUAUUGAAAAAACCUGUUGCAUGUUCACCCACAACUGGUAAGUUGGGGUUUAUGUGGCCAGUUAUCUAUCCAUGUUUGGCUUUACCUAAGCUAUGGAAAUAAUCAGGUUUCAGAUGUGUAUUUCCAACAGUGCAAUUUAUUUCUUUAGGUUUCUGUAGGCAAGUAAGUUAGCUAAGGAAACAUUGAAAUAUGGAGCUCAACACAUAAAGCUUACACAUUCUGCUUCAGUGGUUUAUGGUUGUCCUUCUCUCCUCCCUAAGGACAUUCAUACCAUUGUAAUGAAUUUUAAAUUGUCUCUAAACAUUAUUAAUUUUGGACAUGUUCUCCUGUCGAAGGUGCAUUGGUUCUUCUGGAGUCUGUAGCAUCUCCCACCUGAUAAUUUUUGAAGGGGUUUUGUAGAUGUCCUACAAACCAGUUCCGUUUCUAACCAACUGCAGUGAGGAAGAGCACUGACACCUCAGAGCCCUGUGGAGUUGCUGGAGUAGAUCAGUAAAUCAGCAGAUAUUUCAAAGAUGAUUUGGCUCCCACUGGGACUUGGAGAUCUGAUGUCACAAUGAGGACUCACACCCGGGGAGCCCCAAGUGUGUUUUUCAUACACGUGAUGUGCUUCGCCUUUGCUUGCGGCGCCAGGGAGGACGCGGAUGCCAUGGUUCCUUUUGUCAAUGCCAACUACGACAGCUAUCCCAUGCUCUACUUUUCCAAGGGGGACGUGGAGGGUCUGCGUCUCCAGGCAGCAACCACGCACCGGCACAUCGCAGCUCGUCUGAUGGAGGCAGUGCAGACAAUGCUGUCGAACCCCCUGGAGUACCUCCCACCCUGGGAUCCGAAGGAGUUCAGUGCUCGGUGGAAUGAGAUUUAUGGCAACAACCUGGGGGCUUUGGCAAUGUUCUGUGUUCUCUACCCUGACAACACUGAAGCCAUUGGCAUGGCCAAGGAUUACAUGGAGAGGAUGGCAGCUCAGCCUAGUUGGCUAGUGAAGGAUGCUCCAUGGGAUGAGGUCCCUCUUGCCCACUCCUUAGUUGGCUUUGCCACAGCUUAUGACUUCUUGUACAGCUAUCUUAGCAAGACUCAACAGGAGAGAUUUCUUGAGGUAAUUGCCAAUGCUUCGGGAUAUAUGUACGAAACAUCAUACAGACGAGGAUGGGGUUUCCAGUACCUCCAUAACCACCAGCCUACCAACUGUGUGGCCCUGCUGGCUGGAAGCCUGGUUCUGAUGAAUCAAGGCUACCUUCAGGAAGCUUACUUAUGGACCAAGCAAGUGUUGGCAAUCAUGGAGAAGUCAGUAGUCCUGCUGCAGGAGGUCACAGAUGGCUCCCUUUAUGAAGGGGUGGCUUAUGGCAGCUACACAACCAGAUCACUGUUUCAGUACAUGUUUCUUGUCCAAAGGCACUUUGAUAUCAAUCACUUCAACCACCCUUGGCUCAAGCAGCACUUUGCGUUUAUGUACAGGACUGUCCUGCCAGGGUUUCAGAGAACUGUGGCCAUCGCAGACUCCAACUACAACUGGUUCUAUGGGCCAGAGAGCCAGCUGGUGUUUCUUGACAAAUUCGUCAUGCGCAAUGGCAGCGGGAACUGGUUGGCAGACCAGAUCAGAAGGAACCGGGUGGUGGAGGGCCCAGGGACUCCAUCCAAAGGGCAGAGGUGGUGCACUCUCCACACUGAAUUUCUCUGGUAUGAUGCAAGUUUGCGCUCCAUCCCUCCACCGGACUUUGGGGUUCCAAAGCUGCAUUACUUUGAGGACUGGGGAGUGGUAACCUAUGGAAGUGCUUUGCCAGCUGAAAUUAACAGGCCUUUCCUUUCCUUCAAGUCGGGAAAGCUGGGAGGACGUGCAAUAUAUGAUAUUGUUCAUAAGAACAAGUACAAAGAGUGGAUUAAGGGAUGGAGGAACUUUAACGCUGGCCAUGAACACCCAGACCAGAACUCCUUUACUUUUGCUCCCAAUGGCGUACCUUUCAUUACAGAAGCUCUGUACGGGCCAAAAUAUACUUUUUUUAAUAAUGUCUUGAUGUUUUCCCCAGCUGUGUCCAAGAGCUGCUUCUCCCCAUGGGAAGGGCAGAUUACAGAGGACUGUUCUUCGAAAUGGCUUAAAUAUAAACAUGAUUUGGCUGGUGACUGUCAGGGACGAGUGGUUGCUGCCAUGGAGAGAAGCGGGGUGGUUUUUAUCAGGGGAGAAGGAGUGGGGGCAUACAAUCCUAAACUGAAGCUGAGAAAAUUGCAAAGAAACCUCAUACUUCUUCAUCCUCAGCUUUUGUUGCUGGUGGACCAGAUCCACCUAGAAGAUGACAGCCCUCUGGAGGCAGCAACCAGUUUCUUCCACAAUGUGGAUAUGCCUUUUGAAGAAACAGUUGUUGAUGAGAUCCAUGGAGCAUUCAUUAGACAUCGUGAUGGGAUAUAUAAGAUGUACUGGAUGGAUGACACUGGCCACAGCGAGAAAGCUACCAUUGCCUCAAGGAUGUAUCCGCGGGGCUACCCUUACAAUGGAACAAACUAUGUGAAUGUAACGACUUUCCUGCGACACCCCAUCACCAGAGCCAUUUACUUGUUCAUUGGGCCCUCCAUCGAUGUGCAAAGCUUCACUGUCCGUGCAGACUCGCGGCAGCUGGAUGUUUUUGUCACCACCAAUGAGCACUCCUAUGCAGUUUACCUGUGGACUGUGGAGGAUGGGCCCCGUUCUGCCUUUGCACAGGUUACUGCGGGCCGUCAGAAAAUUGUCUUCGAUCGAACGUCUGCCAUUAGGAACUUUGCAGUGCCAGAAGUGAAGGACUACACUGGGAUCGUGGAGAGGAACCUGCAGCAUUUUAAGCCUGUUUUCCAGCAGCUUGAGAAGCAGAUCUUAUCUCGUGUACGAAACACAGCUAGCUUUAGGAAGACUGCUGAACGCCUGUUGAGGUUUUCAGAUAAGAGACAGACAGAGGAGGCCAUUGAUAGAAUAUUUGCAAUCUCACAGAGGCAGCAGCAGCAGCAGCAUGGAAGAGCAAAAAAAAAUAGAAAAGUAGCCAAAGGCUACAAAUUUGUUGAUGCUGUUCCUGACAUUUUUGCACAAAUUGAGGUAAAUGAAAGAAAAGUGCGACAGAAGGCACAGACUCAAGCACAAAAAGAGUUGCCUGUAGAUGAAGAUGAGGAAAUGAAAGAUCUUUUGGAUUUUGCAGAUAUCACUUAUGUGAAACACAAAACUGGAGUAUCAAUCAAGGGCCGAUCAGGGCUGGCACAGAUGGUGGCAACCACUCGAAGUAGCACCCCAUCAAUAUCAGCCUCUUAUACCCGCCUCUUUCUAAUUCUCAACAUUGCUAUUUUUUUUGUCAUGUUAGCAAUGCAGCUCACAUACUUUCAGAAGGCCAAGAGACUGCAUGGCCAAAGAUGUCUGUAUGCAAUACUUUUAGUAGAUAGCUGUAUAUUAUUGUGGCUGUAUUCCUCCUGUUCUCAGUCACAAUGUUAGCUGAAGAUCUCUACUAGUCGACCAGUUUAUGGUCAUAUAUGUCUAUGCAAAAGCAUUAACCCUAAUAGGGCCAAAGUUUAUGUUCUUUUCUUUCUGAAACAUUCCAAAAACAGCUGGGGAAAGAUUGGUUUCAAACCAGAAAGGAUUGACAAAUUAGGCAGGCAAUGAAUUUCUCAGAAAACUAAGUACUUAGUAAGUACUCCUCCUUUGAGUUUUGAGUUGGGCCUCACAUCUAAGGGAACGUUAUGCUUUGUUCUUCAGAGUUUGGUAAUGCAAAGCUGUAAUUAAUUUUUUGGUGAGAAGAGCCCUCUUAAGAUACAUGUUUCUAAGGGCUUUUUUUUUUUUUAAUGUGGAAUUGCAUUUGCAUUUAGUGACUUUUCAUUUCCAGGCUGCUAUGGAUGUUUGUGGACAUUCUCUUAAGGAAAGGAUAUUCAAUCACAAGUAUGCAGGGCAGAUCUUAGCAGCAGAUGCCAUUUCUCUCUGCCAAACCAAAGAAUAUUUAAUUGUGGGAUGCUCCUGUAUAAUUAUUUCAGACACUUCCAUCAUGUCAUCUCUUCCAUCCUUUACAGUCUGGCACAGUUGGAGGUGGCAAUCCUGUCAGUACUUACUAAAGACCAGCACAAUGUUUAGUAGGCAGCAACAGAAGGAGAAGAAUAAGGAGCUGGUUUGAAGUACAAAGGAAGACAAUUCUCAGGAAAUAAAAACUUUUUUCAGUCAAGAGUAGACUGCAGAAAGAUGAAUGUUGUGAGGUCUGUUCUCGAUUUUUCAAGACAGGGUUUCACAAAAGUUUUCCAUAGUUUGAAGUGCAUCUUAGUAGAGAAAUAAUGUUCUUCUACAUGCACUUGUAAAAAUACAAAAACCAAAGCAAUCCUGUGGUAACCUCAACAAUUGCCAGUAGGGAAAAAGAGGUAUUACGGAAGUAUUUAGUGUCUUUUUUUUCUGUUCACAUGGCUAGAAACAGAGAACAGUUAAAAUUAUGUGUAUGAUCUGUUCUCUAUAAAGCACCAGGAAGCAUUCUGCAAGCUCUCGGUGGCCCCUGGAUCAAUUAUUUGGGGAUUAGUGGUAAAUGAAAUCAUGUGGUUUACGGCAAAAAUAAGUUUGACAUCUCCACAUAUAUUCCCUUCUGAUCAUUCAACUGAUUUUAAGAAAUCAUAGCUAUUUGAGAGAAUGGAAAAUCUAUGGAACUGGGGCAUAUCUGUAUGUCUUUACAGGAAAAUAAUUUUUCCAGUACAUUUGAUAAAUAAAAAUAUUAUAAUUUUCUCUUUGGAAAAAAAUGUUUCUCUUUGAUUACAAUAUUUUUCCUGUUAAUUACAGUAAUUAUGUUCAUCAGCACUUUGUUCAAACCGUAAAACUUCGUUUCCUUUUCCUUACAGCCAUUUAGGUAUGUUAUCUACAUUGCUAUUUUUAAGCCUUCUGGAGAUUAUGCAUUAAAAUAUGCUGAGCUUUUCUUGUCUAGACAUCUUCAGUGAAUAGAUCGGAACAUUUUCGUUAGGUUCCAGAUACUGAGCCAUAUCAGCACUGUGUUCACAUACAGAAGCCCUGCUGUGAUCUUCAAUGCCUGGAUUGAAUUGACAAAAUUAGACAUUUUUAGUCUAGGCAAAGAUGUAUGAUCCCAGUUAAUUUCUGCUUCAUCUGCUGGCAGUGAAGAAAGAGCCUUCAGAUAGCUGAAACACCUUCAAAGAGAAGCACCUUCAAGACAUACAUUUCCAUGCUAACUGAAAAAGAUGUGUAGGGUUGUUAGUCACCCGUUUCAAAUCACUCAGUUAAUUGCUGCAGGAAGUUAAGGGUGAAGGAAGCUGACUGGUUGUAUGUUUGUGAUGUUACAGUGUAAGUAUGAGUAGGUUGUGAGAGGCUGUGUGUCACUAGAUGUUUCCUUUCUGCCUUUGCGCAGGGAUAACAGGAAGACAUACAGAAAUAGUUGCUGGAUUAUGGUCAUUUUCAAAGACUCUGUUGGUUGGUUUUUUUUAGUAUUCUUGUCCUCUCUGGAGAUGGUUGAACCUUUAGAAAAAUGACACGCUGUGAUGACUGUGAGCCUUUGUUAGACUAAUGUAAUCAGGGGUAUUUGUACAAAUCUUUCACUGUAAUUGACAAUCAUCUAUGUUUGCUCUGUGUCAGUUUGCCAUUACUUUGUUGGACAGUCAGCUGCAGAAAGCUAAACUCUAGUCUGAAUAGCUUUUGAGAAGUACCUGCAUUUCCUGGCUGGCUGUGUACAGUGUGCCACCCAAACUCUAGCAUAGGAUUAGUAUGUGUAUCCAAUGAAACUGCAGAGUUAUGGAAAGUAAGAUAUGGUUGUGGACAUUAGCUCUUGUUCACAUGAUACUUCUCUGCACCACUGUAGCGAUUUGAAGAUGAAAAGGUGGGUACAAGACAUCGCUGUGCUCACAGCCAGGUCUUAAGGCAGCUUGUAAAGCAGACCCACAUUUAAAUGUGGUGUGAGUAUACAUACAAUGAUGGAGUGAAGGGAAAUGAAAUAAUCUCAUGUACUUCUUUACUUAUUCUUUUCUAUAGUGAAGCCUUUUAAAAGUACUUAUCUAAUGUUUAUUUAAGUUUUGUUUCAGUUUUUUGCUUCCAUUCUUCUUCCCCCCUCUUCUUCCAUUUCUCAUUCCUUAGCAAAGCUCAUCAUCUUUUCUAAUGGAAUCUGAAGCAAGUGGAAUGAAGAGCAAACGUAUCUUUGAUGUCUGAGAUUAGCAUCUUGGGCCAGAAGUGUCUGUGUACAGAGUACAGUGCAAGCCAGGAAGAAAUAAUUCAAGCCUUCAGAUAGUGACAUGCCCUGAUAAAGCUGCCUGGGCUUUACUAGGAAGUAUAGUGAGGACGAGCAAGAACAUGGCAUCAGCCCAGCUAGCCCUAGUGGCUGGUUGGAGUCCAUAAUGCCUGUUGGCAUAAGAGAGGAUACUAUCCUUGCCUUUGGGUCAUUAGUCCAGAAUAAAAAAGAGCAGCAAUCACAGUACCCUGUGUGUUUAUGGUGCUGAGUGCCUCUGCCAGUUUUAUCUGGUCUGGGUAUACUGAACCACAAAAUGUCAUUGUAUGGUAUCCAUUAGCAAAGUUAUCUUUCGCUUCCUAUUUAAAAUGCACUCACACUACAAAGUGUUUCUGGCAUAUGCCUCUGCUCCCGUUCUUAGACUGCCUCUUUUUGCUUUCUGAAAAUGUUCAUGUUCUACAUCUCUGGCCACAGGAAAACAUGGCUAUUCUACAGUUGAUUUCUCUCAACUUCUGUUCAGUACUUGAUUUUUUGUCAUGCAAAUUUGUUUUAGGGCUGCAGUCUAAAUUAACUUGAAUUUAGUUCAGUGUAUUCUAAGCGGUGCAAUCUGGUUCUUAGAUUUGUAAGUGAUUUAUGAGAUUAUCUAAAAACUGGAUGUAUAUGUUAUAUACAUCAUUGUGACUAAAGGAAGCAAAGGGAAUGGAGUGCAUUACCUCAUUUCUUAAAUCUUUGAAGAUUGAAGUUGAUUCUGAAGUAUUGUGUGUCUGAAAUGCGAAUUCUUCCGUUACCUAUGUAUUUUCCAGUGAUUAAUUUUUUUUCUUAGUUUUUGAAAGAAUAGUGUCUGGAAAAUAUAUGUAUUUCUGCAUUAGGCCAUUACAAGCAUAUUUAUUGGGUCUGUGAAAGUCUUACUUUGGAUCAUAUACGCUUUUGUCUAACUUUAAUCCUUUUGCUCUGGCUACUCUGUUAGAAUUCAGAAGGAUAACUUUAAGCUAGUAAGUCAGACUCAGCUAAUGGAGGCCAGAUUUUAUUUUCUGUCCUUUCUUGACUCCAGGAGAACUCUGCAGCAAGAGGCCUAUGUGAUCUAGUGCUGAGUGUAUCCAUAUGGUACUCAGCACUCAACCUGUUUUCUAAAUGAGUUCAACCUUGAAACAAAGCACUUCAAAGAAUAUAAAAACUAGCAUCAGUUUUUCUCCUGAUAAUAGCUAAUAAAGAUGAGUGAUUAAUUUAA